GAAGAAAGGAACGUCUGCGUGUUUAACAGAAAGAGAGUAAGAGAGAUAGAGAGAGAGAGAGGGAGCGUGGCACCACUUCACUGAGCAGAGUAAAUAGUAAAGAGCUGAGACUGGGACUGUCCAACUACUUGGACACAGAGAAGCACAGCAAACACAGGGCACCAUCUACAACAAUGAAUGACAUCAAAGUGGCCCUGCUGGGCAGUGAGGGAGCAGGCAAAUCUGCGGUUUUGGUGAGAUUCUUGACCAAGCGAUUCAUAGGAGAAUAUGCGUCAAAUACCAACUCCUUAUACCAUAAAAGGCUCUCCAUUGAUGGAAGACAGUUGAACUUGGAAGUCUUUGAUCCGUGCUCACAGGACCUCUGUAUGCCCCCCACCCCCUGGCAGACUGAAGAAAGCAGAUGUAUCCUAGAGGAACCACUGGACUGGGCUGAUGGCUUUGUGGUGGUGUACACCAUCAGCGACCGUACGUCCUUCCUAAAUGCCAAAAACAUCCUGGCGCAGAUCAAAGAGAGUCGUCGAGAGACCUGUAAAGGGGAGGUUCCCAUCUGCCUGGUGGGUAACAAGCAGGACUUAUGCCACAGCCGCCAAGUGAGUGAAGAGGAGGGCCGCUCUCUGGCCCAGGAGAACAAAUGCCUCUUCCAGGAGGUUUCGGCAGCUGAGAACUACCUGGAGAUCUCAAACCUCUUCACAAAGCUCAUCCGCCAUGUGAUGGAACAGCUUAAGCAUAGAGGCGACCGCAGGCGGUACAGUGGCUCCAAAUCCAUGGCCAAGCUCAUUAACAAUGUCUUUGGCAAGAGGAGAAAGUCUGUUUGAGUGCAGAACAUGAAAGAGCCCAGAAAAGAGCAAUGAGUCAGUCUCCAUUGAAUCAGUAAUGGAGAUUUGUCCCUGUUAAACCUGAUGUUCUUGGAAAGGUUUUAUGUGUAUGAAUAGAAGUAUGCUUUGAUACAUAGUGCAAAUUCAAAUUCAAACCACUAUGAGAAAUCCCACGCAGCCAAGAUCAUCAUAUAGAGCAGUGGUUCUCAAACUUUUUGACUCCAAAUCCCCCCUCCACAUUGUCAACGAUAUUUGACGGCCCCAUGACUUUUUCAGGUGUUCAUGAUUUACUAAAGAUUUUUUACUCUAGAUUAUUUAUUCAUUUACAUGACUUUUCCCACAAUGAGGCCACUGUAUAAUUAGCGAGGGUAAAGAGGUACUAGUUAUAAACAAUUAAAACAAAUAAAGGUACUGUAUGUGUAUAUACAACCCUAUUGCUUUACAGUAUCAGCCCAGCUGACACAGUAUCCCAAUGACACAUACU